UUUCUUUUUCCUUUUCUUUGUGAUUUCAUACAAGCGAAGCGUGGUGUUGAUUUAGCGAAGAAGUGCGAAUUCUGCAAGAAGAAGUGUUCCGGUGACGUACUGAGAGCGAAUAACAAGUAUUUUCACAUUCAGUGUUUCAAAUGUAAACAAUGCUCAAGGCCGCUUGGUGAGUCUGGAUUUUAUACGGGUACUGAUGGCUCGUAUCUUUGUCCCGAAGACUAUCGAGCUGUCGGACGAGGUGACACACAACCAACGGCAUCUAAAACACCAGAUGGCGCCACGAGGCCGACGGCAGUCAAUGGCGAGCAAGCGGUUAACAACACAAAGGAUGGACAAACAUCACCGUUAGGAUCUCCUGCCGACUGCGCUGCUUGCGGACAACCACUUCAUUCUGGUCAGGUUCUGCUUGCUCUCGGUCUUUCAUGGCAUGUGUACUGUUUCAAGUGCAGUGAGUGUGGAGCGGUACUGCAUGGAGAGUAUAUGUCGCACGAUGGCAAACCGCUUUGCUUGCGAGACUACAACGAGAAACAUGGGGUUAAAUGCUACGAAUGCCAUAAAUUUAUCGCUGGAAAAGUUUUACAGGCAGGUGGAUAUAAGUUCCACCCGACAUGUGCAAGAUGUUCCAGAUGUGGGUCGCACUUUGGGGACGGAGAGGAAAUGUAUAUGCAAGGCGAUGAAAUAUGGCAUCCGUCGUGUGAACACGCUCGAACCACGGAAAAUAUUGCGCCUUCGGCGAAAAACGCUUCGUUAUCGUCGCGUAAUGAACCGAAGUAUCAAUCAACAUUUGGACAACAUCUCACCUAUAUGUAUCUUCUGCCAGAAGCGGAACAGACUUACUUGCGUCAUCCGAUUACAAAUCCGAAGGAACCAAAUGCACCACAAUUUCAUGUUCCUCAAGGUCCUAUAAAGAUUCGCAAAUCUCGGGUUUCCAUGCUCAAAACCGGGAUGCAACGACUCACGGAGGAUCUUGAAAAGAAUGUUCCUCGACCGAAAUCCCCUCAUAUGGAUAACGAGGAACCGAUUGAAAUGGCGCAUUAUCCGGCUGGCCAUGCUCCAGAUCCUGACAAGCUUCCUGCAAUUGAACGAGAUGAUUUUCCAGCUCCUCCUUAUCCGUAUGCCGUUGAAGAACUGAAAAAACGUCUUUCUUCAUCUUCGAUAGAGAAUGAAAUUUCGGACGAUGAAUUAUCAGAGAGUGAAAGAAUUGACGAAGAUAAGUUAAAGAAAACAGUUGAGCAACUGGAGAAGUUUGACGACUCGUCUAUCGCACAUGUCAUCAAACAGAAUAUUGAAGAGAGCCACAAGAAGCAGAGAUGCCACAUUUCACCAUCACGUCAUCUUAAUCGUCCGCGACCUUGGGUUGCUUGGCAAGGUGGUGAACGAUCACAGGGUAAUACGCUGCCUUGCUUCCAUGUUCCUGAGAGCAGAGGAAGUACCGUUCGCGCCGCUACACUUCCAUCCGGGUAUAAUUAUGGAACUUUAUCGAUGGAAAAUUUGGAUACUACCAUCAGUAGUCAAUAUUCUGACCAUUCCCUGGCGGGCACAUUAGGUGUUGGUAUGAGAGCAGUUUGCGAAGUGCGUCCAAUACUCCGCUCAUCGCUUCCUGAUAUGAGUAAGCCUGCUAAGAUCUAUGAUCUUGCUGAUCUUCAAACAACAAAUAAGAAGUUGCCAGAAGAUGCCGACAGGCAGCAUUUGGAGCGGCACUUGGCACGCGAUGAGUUCGAAAAGUUGUUUGGAAUGAGUCCUAUUGAGUUCUACAAACUACCGGAAUGGAAACGCAUCAAUUUGAAGCGCAAACACAAACUGUUUUAG